AUGACGUGUACUUCAAGGUGUUGUGAUGAUGGAUCUGGUUCUGCUGUUGGCACCAUAAUACGAUUUGAUAAUGUCACGAUACUAAUCGACCCAGGCUGGAAUAGCUCAAAAAUUUCAUAUCAGGAUAGUGUGCAGUAUUGGUCAAACAUAAUUCCAGAAGUGGAUACUAUACUGAUAUCUCAACCGUCUGCAGAGUGUCUUGGGGCCUUUGCUUUAUUAUAUUUUCACUUUUUACCGCACUUUAUAUCAAGAAUUGAGGUCUAUGCUACACUUCCUAUAGCGAAUUUGGGCCGUAUAUCCACCAUUGACCUUUAUGUCUCCAAAGGAAUUGUCGGCCCGUACGAUACGAAUGAGAUGGAUCUAGAGGAUAUAGAAAAUUCUUUCGAUCACAUAACUGUAGUUAAAUACUCACAAAUAGUUGAUUUGCGAUCGAAAUUCGAUGGACUUACGCUAGUAGCGUAUAAUGCAGGUGUGAGCCCCGGUGGGUGUAUCUGGUGCAUAUCAACGUAUUCAGAAAAGUUGGUGUAUGCUCGCCGGUGGAAUCAUACUAGAGAUACGAUCUUGAACAGAGCGAGCUUGUUGGAUAAUACUGGUAAGCCGCUUUCGACGUUAAUGCGGCCGUCUGCUAUUAUAACUACUUUCGAUAAGUUUGGAUCUUCCAUGCCACAUGUUAAACGCAUCAAGCUUUUCAAAGAUACGAUUAAGGGCGCUAUAAGUGGUGGAGGCUCAGCAAUUUUACCUGUGGAUAUUGGAGGAAACUUCUUGGAUCUAAUGGUUUCGAUUAAUGACUUUUUAUAUGAGAAUUCAAAAAACAGAUUAUACACACAAGUACCAGUUAUACUGGUUUCCCAUUCGAAAGGCAGAUCGCUGACUUAUGCGAGGUCGAUGCUCGAGUGGCUAUCUUCCUCUGUAAUUAAGACAUGGGAAUCUAGAGAUAACAGAUCACCUUUUGACAUGGGUCGCAGAUUUCAUGUUGCAAUGCCCUCUGAGUUGAACAAAUAUAAGGGUUCCAAAAUCUGUUUUGUCUCGCAAGUUGAUAUUUUAGUAGAUGAAGUUGUAACAAAAUUAUGCCAGAUGGACAAAAGCACAAUCAUAUUGAAUACAAUUGAUAAUAAAGAUGAUGCAAAUACUCUACAGAAACUACAUACCAAAUGGGAAACAGCAAAAAGAAAACAAGAAUUGAAAGAAGGAAAAACAAUCUCAUUCUCAGAGAGUAUCUCUUUGAAAACACUCAAGUGUACUCCACUAUCAGGAGAAGAAAUGGAGAACUUCACCAAAAAAAUAUCUGAACGAAAGAUGAAGCAUCAUGAGCUGGAAGUUUCAUUAAAAAAAGAAGCCAUGAAGACCAACAUCAGUCUGGGGUCGCUAUCACAGAACGGUGCAACAAUAUCAGACCUGAGAGAUGCAGAAGAAGAAGAUGAAGAGGACGGAGAUACACUGUUGAACAUCCUAAGAAACCGCGACGAACCUUCAUCAGCACGAAACAAGAGUACAGAAAUUCCAGUAGAUAUGUACAUUCAGGCUGACUCACUCUCAAGACAUAAAAUGUUCCCGUUUCAGCCCGUUAGAAUCAAAAUGGAUGAUUAUGGAACUUUUGUUGAUUUCAAUUCAUUCCUGCCCAGGGAAAAUGAUGACGAAAUUGAUCUAAAAAAAAGAAAGGACAUUGAUGAUAAUGAAGAAGACGAAGAUCCAUAUGAUUUAGCGGAUCCUCGACGGAUACCAGUAAAACGUAGUCGCAAAGACAAUAAGGGCGAGAAAGAAGAACUCAGACCGGAUACCUUCGAUAACCUUGACUACUUGAACUGGAAAACAAAUCCAAUGAAAAGAGUCGAAUCUAGCGUGACUGUUAUGCUUAAAUGUUCACUUACCUGCAUUAAUCUGGAGUGUUUAGUGGAUCAGAGAUCUGCCUCCAUCAUAUGGCCUGCCCUGAAACCAAGAAAGCUUCUAUUAAUUGGCCCUGAAGAGUCUCAAAACCAAACAAUAGCACAAUCUUUGAAAAAACGAGAUAUAGAUGUUAUUGAUAUGUCGUUGAAUAACGACAUCGAGUUCAAUACACCCAUCAAAUCUGUUGAUAUCUCAAUUGAUCCGGAACUGGACCAGUUAUUGAAAUGGCAAAGAAUUAGCGAUGGAUACACUGUUGCUCACGUAGUUGGUAGAUUAGUGAGGGAAAAGCAGAAGGUACCUAAUGGGCUUGAUCCGUCUCAACAGCUAUUGCGGUCCAAAAUGUUUUUAAAGCCGCUCAAAACAACUUCAAAAGUUCACUCUGGAGCAUCUCUAUCCAUCGGUGAUGUUGGUCUUGCUGAACUCAAACGCAAGUUGAAUGAUCAAAACUACAGAGCAGAAUUUAAAGGCGAGGGUACCUUAGUAGUGAAUGGAGAAGUGGCGGUACGCAAAAUUAGCGAUGCUGAAACAAUUGUGGACGGAACACCAUCAGAACUGUUCUAUCAUGUUAAAAAGUCAGUAACAGAUAUGUUAGCCAGAAUAUAG